AACGGGAUGUCGUUUUGGUCUUUUCCCUCUCCCUACUCUAGGGUUUUGUCAGGGGAUGGAUGGACUGUAGCGAAGUAACUAGCAACUUGAUAAUGGAUAUCUCAAACAUUUUACUAAUCUCUCUCUCAACUGAUUGAGCAUGGAAAACCAAGAUAUCACCUCCGCGAAAUCGCCAUCACUACCCCCGCCUCCGCCGCUCCAUCAACAAGAACCAGACCCUAAAAGGCUGAAAAUGUCCACCACGGCGACCUCUGACGAUGACGAACACACCACUACCAGCACCCCCAGAAAACAACAAUUCAAGCGUCGUAAAAUUGCUAUAUUCUUCGCAUACUGUGGCGUCGGCUAUCAAGGCAUGCAAAAAAACCCAGGUGCCAAAACCAUCGAAGGGGACCUCGAAGAAGCUCUUUUCCGCUCUGGUGCUGUCCCUGAACAGGAUCGUGGAAAUCCCAAGAGAUACGACUGGGCCCGCUCGGCCCGGACCGAUAAGGGCGUCAGCGCCGUGGGUCAGGUCGUAUCGGGCCGAUUUUACAUCGACCCACCUGGUCUCGUUGGAAGGUUAAAUUCAAAUCUUCCGGCUCAAAUUCGAAUUUUUGGGUACAAGCGUGUAACGGCAUCGUACAAUGCGAAAAAGUUUUGUGAUCGGAGGAGGUAUGUUUAUCUUAUUCCUGUUUUUGCUCUUGACCCUUCUGCGCAUAGAGAUAGAGAAAGUGUUUUAGCUAGUUUAGGAUCUGGCAAUGAGCUUUUUAAGUGUUUCGAAUGUUCAGAGAGAGGUCGCAAGGUAGCGGGUCUUAUGGGUAGGCGUACUUAUCAGUUGGGCAUGCCAACGAAUAAUGAAGUUGAUAAUUUAAAUUCUGAAGAUGAUACGAAAGUUGAAUCUACAGAGGGGUUAAAUAGAAAUACUAAAUCUGAGAUGGAAACUCAGAAUUGUGUGGACAAUGGAACAGGUGAUACUGAAGGUUCUGUUCAAAAUGAGAGUACUGAUUUGAAUGUGGGAUCAUGGGAUGGUUCCGAGAGGCAAGUUAAUGGAGAGGGGAACCGUUUUAGGGAUAGUGGAUUUUGUUAUAGUGCGAAGGAAAAGGAGAGGUUCAAUAGAAUCUUGAAGCAUUAUGUAGGAUCUCACAACUUUCAUAACUUCACCACCAGAACAAAAGCCGAAGACCCUGCUGCUCAUCGAUACAUAGUUUCCUUUAAUGCAAACACCAUUGUUAAUGUCCAAGGAAUGGAUUUUGUUAAGUGUGAGGUUGUGGGGCAGAGUUUCAUGCUUCAUCAGAUUCGGAAGAUGAUUGGGCUUGCUGUUGCAAUAAUGAGGAACUGUGCUUCAGAAUCACUAAUAGAAACUGCAUUACAGAAGGAUGUUAACAUUAAUGUACCAACUGCUCCUGAGGUUGGAUUAUACUUGGACGAGUGCCUUUUUGCAUCAUACAACCAAAAGUGGAAAGACAGUCAUGAAGAGCUGUCAAUGAAAGACUAUCAAGAGGAGGCAGAAGAUUUCAAGAUGAAGCACAUAUACUCUCAUAUCGCUUCUACUGAACAAAAGGAAGGAGUUGUUGCUUUGUGGUUGCAUUCUCUGAAUUACCGAAAUUAUCCUGAUUUACGUUUUGUCAAGAAUGAAGACACCAUUGACCAGAAAAACAAUAAUGAAGUGCCCAAUGACCAGAAAAAUAAUAGUGAAGACACCAUUGACAAGAGAAAUAGCAAUGAAGAAACCAUUGUGAUCGAUUCUGAAGUGAAGGAGGUGGCUGAAUGAAUUGAUUCUCCAGCAAAUGCCCUUUGAUAUUUGACAUUAUUGCUCCAGUGGGUAUGUUUUUGUUUUGGUUAUUAACGAACUUAGUUACUUUAUAAAAACUCUUGUUUACCAUCUUCUUGUGAGAAAAUGUUAGAUUUUAUUUAUAAUUUGAUGCAUAGAAGUCGCUAUUUACCGAUAA